GACUUACCUAUCCCUAUUUCACUUUUGACGUAACUUGUUUUGAAAUUGAAUAGUCAAAACAGCACAGCAGAUAUACCGACAUAAACCUGAUCGGAUCGUACCACUGCUAAGAGACGAGAGGGGGUGAUUAAAGCUCACCACCAGCAGAGAUUCCAAGAGACUGCUGCAUAACAACAAAGGGCCAAAGUGAAGAAGAUUCAAUCAAUGGGUUUCUCAACUGUUGAUUAUUGGUUAAGUUUUUGGCGGCUGUGAGCGACAAGCCUUCAAUUUUUAUGGAUGAGCAAGGCCAGCUAGCUGCAGUCAGGUUGGUUGGUUAGUUAAAGAAAAAGAAAGUUGAGAAAACAAAAAAACAACGUGCUAACAUGAAUGAAACCCAUUGACACUCAAAACCAAAGAGAGGUGCGGUGUAACACAACAGCGCAGCAGACUGAAACUACAAAUUCCACCAAAAACGAUUUUUAGUAUUGAAACAGGUGUUAUUGGAAGAGGUUCAAAUCGAAAUUGUUAAGCGGGCGGACCGACUAUGUGAUACGGAAUCGAAAUUUAGUGUUUUGUUUUGAUAUUCAAUUUACAACAACCCCCCCCCCCCCCCCAACCAUACUACCCGACCAAUGUAGUAGUAGUCCAUUGUUGGAAUUUCAAAAUAAAAGAGCUGAAGCUGAAAACAUCGACGACCUGGAAUGGAUACAAUUACAGGCGCUUGAAUAACAACAAAGAAAUUCGAAAACUUUCAUUUAUGCACAUUGUGGAUAAUUGCAUUUUAUGCCAAGUUUUGUUUUUCCUUUAUUUUAUUAUUGUGGUUUCUCAAACAAAAAAGAAAACAACAUUUUCUAAAAAGUAAUCAUCAAGACUGAGAUUUUUGACUCCGAUGAUCUAUACAACAACCUCAAACCUGGCAGUGGCCGUAAUGAACUAUUACUUCAUUCAGUCUCAAAAUACCUUGGCGUAACAUCUCUGGCGACGUCACAACGCAUAACAAUACCAACUGAAGCCGAAAGAAACAAACAAACAGACAAGUCGGCACACACACUCGCACUUACACACACACACACACAUAUUUCAUUCAGACAUUCAACGACAAGCCAGAAGAAAAGUGAAACUUACAAACCUCAGUUGCGAGUUAAUGCUUGCACACAACGCACAAGAAACCAAGCAAACUGCUCCUCCAUAAGCUUUAGAUAGACGACGACAACAACAAAUAUACCUUAAAGAUGACACCACAAGUGAGUACAACAACAAAUGCCACCACCUCAGUGGCAAAGCCAACCUUGGAUCAGCCAGCAAAGACUCCAGCCAAAAAACGUACCCACAGCAAAAAGGAACAGUUGCAACAAAUCAUUGCCGGUGGCUUGGCAGCAGCUAUAACACGAUCCACAUGUCAACCAUUCGAUGUCUUGAAAAUACGUUUCCAACUGCAAGUUGAACCGCUCGGGGUGGAUGCAACCUCGGUGGCAGCUAAAAAAUCCAAAUAUAUUUCCAUAACCCAAGCCGUCAGAACAAUAUUCAGGGAAGAGGGCCUCAUGGCCUUCUGGAAGGGCCAUAAUCCAGCUCAGGUGCUAAGUGUCAUGUAUGGCAUAUCACAAUUCUGGACCUACGAACAAUUGAGUUUGUUUGCCAAACAAACCGUCUAUCUCAAGGAUAAACCAAAUCUAUCCAAUUUCAUAUGUGGUGCCGUGGCCGGCAGUACGGCUGUGAUAAUUUCAACACCAUUAGAUGUGAUACGCACGCGGCUGAUAGCGCAGGAUACGAGUAAGGGUUAUCGCAAUGCCACACGGGCUGUGGCCUCGAUAAUUCGCAAUGAGGGUCCGCGCGGUAUGUAUCGUGGCCUCUCGUCGGCCCUGCUGCAAAUAACACCGUUGAUGGGUUCGAAUUUUAUGUUCUAUCGUCUGUUCUCACAAUCGGCCUGUAAGAUGUUCCAUGUGGAAGAGAGAAGUCAACUUCCCACCUGGACUCUGCUGAUAAUGGGUGCCUCAUCGGGAAUGCUCUCCAAAACGAUUGUCUAUCCAUUUGAUUUGAUCAAGAAACGUUUACAAAUACAAGGUUUCGAAUCGAAUCGUCAAACCUUUGGACAAAACAUACGCUGUACGGGGGUCUAUAGCUGUCUGCGGGAAACCAUCAAACAAGAAGGUGUUCGCGGUCUUUACAAAGGUGUUGCUCCCACCCUGCUUAAGUCAAGCUUGACAACAGCUUUGUACUUUAGUAUCUAUGAUAAAUUGAAGCAGAUACAAUGGUUACCAGCUAACAGCAGCAGCAGCACCAAGUCCAGUUAGAACACACACACACUCACAUUCAAUGUGGUUAUUAAACGCCGGAUAUUUAAUAACCGUCACAUUUUUUUAUUGAAAGACAUUUCUAAAUUAGUUAAAUAUACAUAAUUAUAUAUAAUUUUUGUUUUUUUUUAUAAUUUUAUUGUAAAUAAUUUAGUUAGUACAAUUUAAGUUAUAAAGAAAUGUUGUUGUCUAUUUUGAUAAUUAUGAUAAUUAUUAUAUGCAUACAUUCGGUUUU